AUGGAGCAGGGAGAAUCACAAACACCUGGAGACGGUGCCAACUAUGGCAACCCAUCAGCGCGAAUGGAAGGUGGCGAGGUGCCUCGACGACAUCACCGACGCACUCGAAGCGAAGGUAUGGCCGCAGAUAUGAGCUGUGAGGGCGGCUUUGACGCAAACUAUACACGUGAGCUAGAGGAAAGCCGGCAGGCCACCCUCAGUUGUUUCGAGGACAUGCUAGUUGUUCAUCAAGCCCAAGAAGCACAGCUUAGGGAGUCGCAACUCAAAUCCCGGCUAAAAGAUUCCCGAAUCCAAGCCCUCCAGUAUGACUUGCGGCGAAAGGAGACACAGUUGGAAAAGGAGGCCACGGUUGUCAGGCAACUUCAGACUCGUUUUGAAUCAGGCGCGCAAGAGCUAGACGCGAGGGGCUCUGUUGCUAAACAGCUGUGGAAUGAUGUAAUGCAAAUGAAAGACCAAAACCAACAGGCCGAGGUCGAUUUAGAGAAGAAAAGGGCGGAGCUCAACAAACUGCGAUCUACCCUUCAGUCGCUUGAAGAUAGAUGUCAAAAGGGGGAAAGGAUUACGGCGGAGCAACAAGCGACUAUUGACCGACUCCGUUCAAAAGACAACGAAAGGUACGCCAAGAUACAGACGCUGUUCAAUAAGACGCAGGAACAGGAAGACCAAAUCAAGGAACGUGACGCUGAGGUCAGGAAGCUCAACAUUGAUUUAAAUAAAAGCAAGGAAGACCUGAGCGAACUCCAAUCCCUCAUCAGAAACCUUCAAGACAUCCGCGACAGAGACGAGAAGAUUAUGAAGGAGCAACAGUGCGCUAUUGACGAGCACCUUUCAGCCCAUGAAAAGAAGGACACGGAGAUACAGCAGCUACAGAACACUUCGCAGCAAAUGGAAGACCAAAUCAAAGAACAGGUCGCCAAGAAUCAGCAAGUCGAAGCCGGUUUAAGGGAAAGCAAUGAGCAAAUCGCAAAAUUGAAAGCCACCAUUCAAACGUCCGAAGAAAAGCGACAGCGGGAGCAAAAGGUGACGAAGCAGCAGCAGCAUUCACAGAUGACUAAAGUUCAGCAGCUUGAGGCUAUUUCACACCAAGCUAAAAUAGACAUUAAGGAUAGGGACGCCACCAUUGCACAACUCAGAGAGAGUCGCAAAAGCAACAAGAAGACCAGGGAGGACCAAGAUGCUGUCAUAAAGACACAGAAGGACAAAAUCCGCCAAAACGAGUCUACUAUUAAGACCCUCAAGGAUGAUGUUCGAAACAGAAACUCUGCGAUCAAAAGCCUUCAGAGUGAUCUGAAGGAGAAUAAAUCAACUAUUAAAACUCUGCAGGCUGAUGUCGACGGGUUCGAUAAUAUGGUGACGUCCUUCCGGCUCGGUUUUGACGCCAAGGAUGCAACUAUCAGCGAGCUCAAUGCAACUAUCAGAACGCUCACUACCUGUAUUGAACAGAACAGUGCUAUGCUCGAAACGGUUCAGCGUAAAUUUGAAAGGUUGAGAUCAGCUCCCAAGCAACUUCAAAGUGGCCUCCUCGAGGUAAAUCAGUCCGUCACUAACGAACCCGAGGGCAGAUUAAGAGAAUCGCCAACAAACGUAACUGAGCAAACAAUCAUGGAGCCACUAGGCACGCCUGGGGCUCGUAGUGCAGCACACGCAGAUAUUAUUGACAAUCUUGAAAAGCCUGAAAACAGCAGCCCAGAGCAACAAGAACGGCUUGAUACGCCUAAGAACUACGUCCCAGCACGACCGGAACCUCAAGAUGCAUCCGUAGCAGCUUCGGCAUCGACUUCCGCUUCGCCUUCCGCUUCGGCCAGGAACGAAAUCGAGACAACGAGACCUCCAGAGGCUAUCGAGGCUGCUGAAGCAUUACUGGGACUAGGAUUGGUGGGGAUGGAUACGUGGGGAGUACCAUGGGAAUCCAAUUUUUCCCGUUUCCCCCGGCAUCCAGACGACAUUGACGAAACCAAUUCAGAGAGCACGAUCAAAAGCAUAGGAGACAGAAGAUACGCACCUUAUGAAGACUUUCUAACACCCUCGACCAUCCACCAAGAAGAUCUUGGACUCGUUCCUUUCCUUCCAGAUCCCCCUCCUCUCCAUCGACCACCUCAAACUCCCACAAUGACUACGCACGCCCAAGCUGGUCUCCCACUCCCUGUCCUUCCUGAGGGUUGGGCUGGAGAAAAGGAUUUCAAAGCAGUUGCUCAUCUGUCUCCCGCAACCCAGCGCACAAUCGAACCCGUUGGGCCUCACUUUCUUGCCCACGCUCGACGCGCCCGCCACAAGCGCACUUUCUCUGAAGAUGACCGCAUUCAAGCUCAAGAGAAUGCCAAGAAAGUUGAAGAUGACGACUCCGGGGAUAUCAGUGAGCCGGAGGAUCCAAUGAUGCUGUCGCGUGAUGCCAAAGACUGGAAGAGUCAAGAUCAUUACGCAGUUCUUGGCCUCACGAAAUAUCGCUUCAAGGCCACCGAGGACCAAAUUAAGCGCGCCCAUCGCAAGAAGGUCCUCCGUCACCAUCCUGAUAAGAAAGCCGCAGCUGGUAGCACCGAAGAUGAUAGCUUCUUCAAAUGUAUCCAGAAAGCCACCGAAGUCCUCCUCGAUCCUGUUAAGCGCCGCCAAUUCGACUCCGUGGACGAGCAUGCCGAUGUCGAGCCCCCAUCCAAGAAACAAGCCAAGGGUGACAAGUUUUACAAGCUGUGGGCCCAUGUCUUCAAGUCAGAAGGCCGAUUUUCUCGUAUUCAACCUGUUCCCAAGUUCGGAGAUGAGGAUAGCACAAAGGAGGACGUCGAUGCUUUCUACAACUUCUUCUACAACUUCGACUCAUGGCGAUCGUUCGAGUACCAAGACGAGGAUGUUCCCGAUGAUAAUGAAAACCGUGAUCAGAAGCGCCAUAUGGAGCGAAAGAACAACAAUGCUCGCAAGAAGAAGAAGCAGGAGGAUACUGCUCGCCUUCGCAAGCUGGUAGAUGAAGCAAUGGCUGGUGAUGAGCGUAUCAAGCGAUUCCGGACAGAAGCCAACGCGGCCAAGAAUAAGAAGCGCCUCGAUAAGGAGGCAGCUGAGAAGAAGGCCAAGGAUGACGCCGAGGCUGCGAAGGAGGCCGCCGCGAAGGCGGCUAAAGAGGCGGAGGAAAAGGCCAAGGCCGACAAGGAGCAGGGCAAGAAGGCCAAGGAGGCAGCGAAGGCUGCGGUCAAGAAGAACCGCCGUGUCAUGAAGGGAAGCGUCAAGGAAGCCAACUACUUUGUCAGUGGCGAUGCUUCCGCUGCGACAAUCGAUGCGGUCUUGAACGAUGUCGACCUCAUCCAGGGGAAAAUUGACGCGGACGAAACGGCGGCUUUGGCCGGCAAGCUCAAUGGGCUGAAGAUUGCAGACGAGAUUAAGUCCGUCUGGUCUGAGGAGGCGAAGAGACUUGUUGAUGCGGGCAAGGUCAAGGCAGGCGAUAUCAAGGUCCUUGCUUAG